AGCCCCCCGCACGGCCCCGUAGAGAUGCUCCGUGGGAGGCACCGCUCCGCAGCCGGAGGAAGGCCAGCUCACCUCUCCCACCUCACACCCUGCGUCCCGUACCGGCAGCACCCUACAAAUGUCCUCAAAACGUAGUAUGGAGCCUCUGGACCCUAUGAUCUUCGCCAAGCUACCUCGGCUGGAGCAGGACCCUGGCCCCAGCCUCCCCACGGGCCCCUGCAAACUCAGCCCCCAAAACCAUUUCAACUACAAGGGCUCCUACUUUGCCUGCACGCUGCAGGGCCCCGAUGGCUCCAGGCUGCCCUACAUGCACCAGAGCCCGGCACCUCCCCACCCACACUACGGCACCGGUGCCGGCAGCCAGCCCGUGCCGGUGGAGGGGCCAGGUGAGCACUGCCCCCCCCACCCACCCGAGAGCAUGGGGCCCAGGCUGCAGCCCCCCCUCAGUGCUGAAGUGGGCAGGGACAGGCUGAUGCCGGAGCUGGUGAUGGCCAGGGAGAAGUGGGGCAACGUGGGGCCAGGGAACCCCUUCCCGGUGAGGUACCCGGCAAUGGUGAGCAGGGCACCCCCCCUGGCUGUCCCCAGGCCCAUGUACAGGGCUCCCGCAUACUUCAUGGACCUCAGGGUGGCUCCGCCGCUGCAGCAGAGACCAGGCAAUGUGGACUGGGCUCUGCCUCCUGACAGCCGCCCCUUCCAUCCCGGGGAGCUCAGGAGGGGACCCCACAUUGACCCCAACCUCCCACCGCUGCCCCCCCGCAUGGCACUGCCCCCCAGGGAGGUGGGCUCCCCGGCUGCCUUAUCCUCCUACUAUGCUGCCUUUCAGCAGUACCAGAGCCCCCCCCAAUGCCUGUUGGAUGACAGCCCCCCCAGGCAGAGGAAGGCACCUGAGAUGCACAGGCUCAGCCCGGACCCCUGGCACACCCUCUGUCCACGCACCACCAGCCCCGUGUACCCGGAGAAGCCACCCGAGCAUUACCCAUCCUUCCAUAAGGCUCCCCUCCUCUUUCCCCCACCGCCACCCCACAUGGAAGCACAGCCCUGUGCCUACAGAGGCAUUGGCUUUGAGGGGAGCAGGGAGCCCUAUCCCGGCACUUACCUCAAGCCCCAAGCCCCAUGGAGAGUCUUUCCCAACCCCAUGGAUACCUAUGUGCCGAGGGCAGCCAGCGCGGUGGCAUCACCCCCUUCCAAGGCAGCGGUGCUGCCGAGGGAUGUGAAUCCAUCAAGGCAAGAGGAAUACGUGCCGAGCUCCAGCUUUACCUUCAGUCCCAGUGGCACGGCUGUAUCCAGCACCUCCAGAGGCCACAUGGAACCGGGAUGCGAGCAGCACCAGGCAGAAGGUCCCCAUCGGCCAGUGGUGGUGAGGCAGAUCAGUGCUUUCCAAUCUGCCUGCACCCAGGAGGUGCCUGGGGGUUCCGGUGGGAUCCCAGAGGCCUUUCCCAAAGGAGGGAGGUGCUUAGGGAAACAGGAACCCACUAACCCAGAGAGAACAGCCAGCUCAGCCCCCCCAAAGGCCUCCUGUGAGGGACCACCGGCUCUCAUCACCAUAGAGGAAGGAGAUACUUGCAAGGUCAAGGAUGCAGCCAAGGAUCUCAUCUCUCCUCCACCUGCAUCCCUGCCAGAGGGGCCGGAAGACCCAAGGGACAGCAAGGUUCCUCCUCCCUCCCCACCCAUGCCGGUGAUCAAGAAAGUCUUCAGCCUGGCAUCCUAUGGGGAAUUCCUGGAUGAUGCCAAGAGCUCAGACCCCUUCUGCAGGGAGCACCUGUGGGAGGACACAGGGGGCAGCCCAGUGCAGGAGCACAGGGAGAGCGGGCGCAGGGGGGUCCCUGGAGAGCCAGAGCCCGUGCGCCAGGGUCGGGGCUCUGAGGAGGGGGCUCUGGACCUCAGAGUGAAGAAGAGAGGGGGGGAAGCCAGGGAGAGCCCCGUGGUGCUGAAUGGGGGAGAGAGGAAGGAGGAGGAAAACAGUGCAGAGAGGAAGGCAGGAGUGGGAGGGGGAACCCAGCUCAUGAUGAAGCCCUGGCUGGUCAGGGUCAUCUGGACCAAGAGGCACAUCCAGAGGACGGCUUCCUUUGUGGUCCUGCACUCCUCGGCUGCUCUCAGCACCAUUCCUGCUCCAUCCAGCACCAUUCCUGCUCCAUCCAGCACCAUUCCUGCUCUACCUAGCACCAUUCCUGCUCCAUCCAGCACCAUUCCUGCUCCAUCCAGCACCAUUCCUGCUCUACCUAGCACCAUUCCUGCUCUACCUAGCACCAUUCCUGCUCCAUCCAGCACCAUUCCUGCUCCAUCCAGCACCAUUCCUGCUCUACCUAGCACCAUUCCUGCUCCAUCCAGCACCAUUCCCGCUCCAUCCAGCACCAUUCCUGCUCCAUCCAGCACCAUCACCAUGCCUGCUCUAUCCAGCACUAUUCCCACUCCACCCAGCACCAUUCCUGCUCCAUCCGGCACCAUUGCUGCUCUAUCCAGCACCAUUCCCGCUCCAUCCAGCACAAUUCCCACUCUAACCAGCACCAUUCCUGCUCUAUCCAGCAUCAUUCCUUCUCCAUUCAGAACCACUCCUGCUCCAUCCAGCACCAUUCCCACUCUAUCCAGAACCAUUCCUGCUCUAUUCAGUACUAUUCCAGCUAUAUCCAGCAUCAUUCCUGCUCCAUCUAGUCCCAUUCCUGCUCUAUCCAGCACCAUUCCUGCUCCAUCCAGAACCAUUCCCGCUCUAUGCAGCACCAUUCCUGCUUUACCCAGCACCAUUCCCGCUCUAUCUGGAAUCAUUCCCACUCUAUCCAGCAUCAUUCCUGCUCUACCUAGCACCAUUCCCGUUCUAUCAAGCACCAUUCCUGCUCUAUCCAGCAUCAUUCCUGCUCCAUCCAGCACCAUUCCUGCUCUAUCCAGCACAAUUCCCGCUCUAUCCAGCACGAUUCCCGCUCCAUCCAGCACCAUUCCCACUCUAUCCAGCACCGUUCCUGCUCCAUCCAGCACCAUUCCCACUCUAUCCAGCACCAUUCCUGCUCCAUCCAGCACCAUUCCCUCUCCCCCCAGCAGUCCGCAGUGCAGCCCAGCGCUGCCUCCAGCUCCCUGCAGCCUCUCCCCCUCUGCCUCCCCGCAGCCGGAGCCCCCCCUGUCGGUGCCGGGUGAGGAGGCAGUGCCGCUGCCCUCCUCCGGGGCCCCCUUCACAGCCCUGCACACAUCCCUCUGCGACCUCCUCUCCUGCUCCGUGGCCCGCUCCUCCCCGCAGCUCCUGCGGGAGUGGCUCCAGAAGGCAGAGCCGGCAGAGGAGAAGGGGGAGAUGAUGCCCAAAUCCCCCCUGGAAGCCAGGAACAGCUCCAGGGUCCCCGAGCAUCACAAGGGCGCCAAGGGCAAGGAGGUCUGGUUGGCUUUCAAGGACGUGCCUGCUCUCCUCGCCAACCUGCUGUCCCAGCUGGAGACCUUCACAUUCACUUGCAAGUGCCCGUUCCCACACGUGGUGCGGGCAGGGGCCAUCUUCAUCCCCAUCCACGUGGUGAAGGAGAAGCUCUUCCCCAAACUCCCUGGCGUCUCCGUCGACCAAGUGCUGCAGGAGCACAAGGUGGAGCUGCGCCCCACCACGCUCUCGGAGGAGAGGCACUUGAGGGACCUGGAGCUGAAGAGCUGCACCUCACGCAUGCUGAAGCUCCUGGCUCUCAAGCAGCUCCCUGACAUCUACCCGGACCUGCUGCACCUCCACUGGCACCACUCCAUCAAGCAGCAGCUCGGUUCGAGCUCAAAGGCUGGCAAGAAUCCCUCCAAGUAGAUAACUCUUCUUGUGGGUAGUCCUGGCAUGGAGGUUCUGAUGGCAAAGUGAUAGCCAUGGAUAGCACAGAGAAAAAGGAGGCGAGAAGGAAUGUGCCAAUGGCAAGAGCCAAGCUGCCCAUGAUGCGGAUGCUGAGGAUGGGGACAGGACCUCGAGAGAUACUGGUGCCUGGAACAGGGAUGCUCUGUGUGAUGCCCUGGCUGAUGUGGUACCCGCAGGGAUGUGCUCAAGCUCCUCACAGCAGCUGGAGCUGCAUUUCUUUCCAUGCAUCGUCUUGUAGAGCAUCUCCCACCUCCAUCCAUGACAAGCCCGGCUGCAGCUGGAGAAUCAGGAGGAAAUGAUUGGAGUUCCAAUGGAGCAGCUCCAAGAGGAGCCAUGGCAGUGGCCAUGGAAGACAGCCUGGCUGCUGCAGGGAUGAUUUACCACAUCCCCUCCUCUCUGCUCUAACUCUCUUCUGCUGCUGCUUUAUACACCCCAUCCCCAAUAAAGAAACCUUCCUCCUGGCUUUGAAUCUUUACAGUGCUCUGGAGAUUUAACCCAUCACGACUGGUCAAGGGAACCACGACGUUGGGAGUCCCAGGACUGAUUUUCUUCUUGUUUUAAAUGAAGACAUCUUUAAACUGUUAUGAAUUUACCUUUAUAAGGAGCUGCUGCCUUCAGGUUAUCUGGGGUUUGCAUAAAAAUAGAGUAAUUUAUACUUGUGGUUUAUUUGAACUUGUGCCUUCUCCUGUUCACUGCGCUGGACCAGUGGAAGCUUGUUGGGACCGAGGGUUUCGGUCCCAAUCGGAGCUCAGAAUAGCUGCAAGAAGGCUUUAAAGGCAGCUGAAGAAGCUCAGCCCACUGCACCACAGCACAUCCCAGCUGUCCCAAUGGAGAACGUGGGGCAUCCACACUUGGAGACAACCUUGAUGGAGAUGCGGUGAUGCUGGUGGGGCAGGAGAGGGGAGCAAUGCAGCAAGACCUUGCAAGGAGAGAUGCCUUGAUCCCUCCAUGGACUGAUGGAAAGCUGAUGGGGAUCCCAGGAGGAAUCCUGCCAUCCCCUUGCCUGGUCUGCAGCAGCAGGACACAGCAGAGGCCUUACAAACUCAACACUCGGGUGUUCUUCCGGCUGAUUCUCGGUGCGGAGGAACAAAACAAGGAUUUAUUGUUCUUUUGUAUUUCACUACAGGAAAUAUUUAUUUUAAACCAAGAAAACAACUAAAAAUAAGAAAAAAAACCCACCAGAGACUCUGUUUUGAUGCGUACGUUUCUGGUUUCCCAUUGGGAUGUACUGGCCAUGGAGGGGAUAGGGAAGGAGGGAUGCAGCUCUUCCUUGCCAUCCAUGUGUGUGCAUAGCAUUGUAAAGCAGUGCUUGUUGAUAAUACUGUAUUUUUUGUACAUGUAUAUAUAUAUAUAUAUGAGAGGUUCCAGGGAAGAAAGAUCCUUCACUUUAUUUAAUGUUUUGUAAGAACAUGGAUUCUAAG